AUGAGCAUCUUUGAUGAUAAAAUUAUCCUAGCAACAGCUGCUGCAGGGGUUGUUGGAGCCACUGCACUCAUCACUUCAAGCUACAUGUGGUCGAAUCAUCCAAAAAUCAAGCCUAUUGGCGACAUCAGCAAACAAUCGGUAAUCUUGCCGGAUGGGUCACGAGCAGCACCAGGCCAUGAAGAGGAGGAAAAACUCAUCAAGUCAUACAAAGGGGAAAUUCAUACAACAUAUGAAUGUUUCCAAAAUGGACUGAAACUUUCUCGUCAUUGUCCAUUUCUUGGAGAGAGAACUGGACCAAAUAAAGAAUAUGAAUGGAUGACAUACCAACAGGUUCAUGACAAAGCUGAACGCAUUGGAUCUGGACUGUUACAGCUCGGAAUUAAACAAGGAUCAGAAAGUUUUAUUUGUAUUCUUUGCAGUAACAGACCAGAGUGGACCAUUAUUGAUAUUGGUUGCACCAUGUACUCCAUUGUUAUGGCUCCACUCUAUGAAACUCUUGGUUCAGAGUCCUCUGCCUAUAUCAUCAACCAGACUGAAUGUCCCUUGAUCAUCUGUGAAGAUGAAGAAAAAGCUAAGCUUUUGCUGAAAGGAGACAAUGCUAUUAAGAGUGUCCAGUACAUUGUUUUGGUCAAACCAACAAUGACUGACCAUAAAGAAUUGAUGGAUCUGAAACCUAACAUCAAGUUCAUCACUCUUUCAGAAGUGGAGACUUUGGGAGAAAAUAAUCCCAGAGAACAUAUUCCUCCCAAACCAACAGACCUGUUUUCCUUGUCGUAUACAAGUGGAUCAACUGGGACUCCCAAGGGUGUUAUGAUAAGCCAUGAAAACAUUGUAAGUGUGUUUGGAGCUGUGACAGAUAUGAUUGCUGAAUAUAAUCCAUACACUACGGAGACCGUCCACAUCUCCUACCUUCCAUUACCCCAUGCCUUUGAGAGGAUCAAUCUAAUUGCUGUUUAUACUACGGGUGGAAGAAUUGGAUUUUUCCAACGGGAUAUCAGAAAAUUGUUUGACGACAUCAAUGUUCUUAAGCCGACCAUCUUCCCUACAGUGCCUAGAUUACUCAACCGAAUCUACGACAAAAUAAAUGCUGAUGUUUCCAAAAGUAUAGUGAAAAGCAAACUAUUGGACUGGGCACUGGCCAGUAAAACCAAGGAAAUUAAACAGAUGAUUGUACGUCGAGACAGCAUCUGGGAUAGAUUGAUAUUCAAAAAAAUUCAAGAAUUAUUUGGAGGAAAUGUGAAAUUUAUGGUUACUGGUUCUGCCCCCCUUUCAGACAAAGUGCUAACCUUCUUUCGGUGUGCUUUGGGAUGUUUGAUUUUUGAAGGAUAUGGUCAGACAGAAGCAACAGCGGUGGUGACAAUGACUUUACCCCAGGAAUAUACAUCAGGUCAUGUCGGAGGUCCAUUAAGGUCCAGUCUUUUGAAACUGGUUGAUGUUCCCGAAUCUGAAUAUUAUGCAAAAGACGGAAAAGGGGAGAUAUGUGUAAAAGGUCCAAGUGUAACAAGUGGCUAUUAUAAGCUUCCAGAAAAAACAGCAGAGAUCUUAGACAAAGAUGGCUGGCUUCACACACAAGAUAUUGGCAUGUGGUUACCGAAUGGUGCCCUCAAAAUUAUUGACCGAAAGAAAAAUAUUUUCAAAUUGGCCCAGGGUGAAUAUAUUGCUCCAGAAAAGAACGAAAAUAUUUACAGUCAGUGUCCACUGGUGGCUCAAAUAUUUGUUGAUGGUCACAGUUUACAAGCAUAUACAGUGGCUAUUGUGGUUCCAGAUGAAGAAGUUCUUCUCAGCUGGGCCAACAGUGAAGGAAUUAAAGGAAAUUUUGCUGAACUUUGUGCUAAUAAGGAUGUAAAAGAUCACAUACUCAAAGAAAUGCUUACCUUUGGAAAAAAUGGUGGUCUGAAAGGAUUUGAACAGGUUAAAGAUAUUCAUCUUCACUCACAGCCUUUCUCGAUUGAAAAUGGUCUACUGUCGCCAACAUUAAAAAGCAAAAGAAUAGCCUUACGGAAGUAUUUUGCGGACCAUGUAACCAAGCUCUAUGAAGUCAACCAGUAA